AUGGACGGCGAUGUUGCGGUUGGUGUGAAGAGAGGCUCUGAUGAGCUCAGCAUGUAUGGUAGCAGCCCAAACUCCAUGACCGCAAAUGGCACCGACACAAAGAAACAGCGUCUGGAUGAAUCACCGCCAUCCAGAGUUCUUCACAUUAGAAAACUUCCCAAUGAAGUAUCAGAGACAGAGGUCAUUGCACUGGGACUUCCUUUUGGAAAGGUUACCAAUAUACUGAUGCUGAAGGGGAAAAACCAGGCAUUUCUGGAGCUCAGUACAGCAGAAGCUGCCAUUACAAUGGUGAACUACUACGCAGCUGUUACACCUCAGGUCAGAAAUAGUCCUGUAUUCAUCCAAUACUCCAACCAUAAGGAACUGAAAACAGACUCUGCACUCAACCAGAGAGCUCAGGCAGUGCUCCAGGCGGUUUCAGCAGUUCAGGAUGGAAGUUCGCCUUCAUCUGACCACGGAGUUCUGGACCUUGCUCCACCACCCAGUCCUGUCCUGCGUAUUAUAAUUGACAACAUGUUUUAUCCUGUGACACUCGAUGUUCUGCAACAGAUAUUCAGUAAGUUUGGAACUGUGAUGAAGAUAAUUACAUUCACAAAGAACAACCAGUUUCAAGCACUCCUGCAGUUCAGUGAUCCUGUCAACGCCCAGCAGGCUAAAUUGUCUCUUGAUGGACAGAACAUCUAUAAUGCGUGCUGUACGUUGAGGAUCGACUUCAGUAAACUGGUCAACCUUAACGUCAAAUACAACAAUGACAAGAGUCGCGAUUACACUCGGCCAGACCUGCCUACAGGAGAUGGAGAUUCAAAUAAGGAUCAUUCUUUAUUGGGUACACCAUCUGGAGCGUUAGCUUCUUACACAAGUGGGGCAGGUUACUCAUCCUCUCUCUCCCUCUCGCAGGGUGCAGGAGCUAUUAGCCCCUUAAGUGCUGCUGCAGCUGCGGCAGCUGCUGCGGGACGUGUUGCUCUUUCAGGGUCUGGUGUUUCUGGAGUCCUGUUGGCAUCCAACCUGAAUGAAGAGAUGGUCACGCCUCAAAGUCUCUUUACCCUCUUCGGUGUCUAUGGUGACGUGCAGCGGGUAAAGAUCCUCUACAAUAAAAAGGACAGUGCUCUCAUCCAGUUAUCUGAUGGUAACCAGGCUCAGCUGGCAAUGAGCCACCUGAAUGGUCAGAAGGUUUUUGGUAAAGUGAUGAGAGUGACACUGUCCAAACAUCAAACUGUGGCCCUUCCCAGGGAAGGGCUGGACGACCAGCUCUUAACUAAAGAUUUUUCUGGCUCUCCACUACAUCGCUUCAAGAAACCAGGAUCCAAAAACUUUCAGAAUAUCUUCCCUCCCUCUGCAACACUUCAUCUCUCAAACAUCCGGGAAGGUAUCGGAGAGGACGACCUGCGUCUCCUGUUCUCCAAUAGUGGAGGGUCGGUCAAGGCCUUUAAAUUCUUCCAGGACCGUAAAAUGGCCUUGAUCCAGAUGUCGUCAGUCGAAGAGGCCAUCCAGACACUGAUAGACCUUCAUAACUAUGACAUGGGCGGAAAUCACCAUCUCAAAGUUUCCUUCUCGAAGUCGACCAUCUAA